AUGGACUUCCUCGCCGUGUGCGUCCUCCAGACCCUGCUGGUGCUGAUGAUUCUGCCCCAUGUUGCUUCUGCUCCCUGCCCCCGACCGUGCUCCUGCCCCCAGCCCACUGAGCUCCACUGCACCUUCCGCUCCCUCUUCACCAUCCCAGCUGCUGUACCUAAACACAUGGAGCGCAUGAAUCUGGGGUUCAACAGCAUAAAUAAGAUCACAGACAAAUCACUUGCUGGCCUGAGGAAGCUGGAGCUUCUGAUGGUUCAUGGGAACGACAUCCACAGUCUGCCUGAUGGAGUUUUCAGAGAUCUCACAUCACUGCAGAUGUUGAAGAUUAGCUACAACAAACUGAGGGAGAUCAGCAGACACACUCUUCAGGGUCUGUGGUCUUUGGCCAGGUUACACCUGGAUCAUAACAGACUGGAGUUCAUCCACCCAGAUGCCUUCCAGGGCCUCACAUCCUUGCGGCUGCUGCAGCUGGAAGGCAACCGUCUUCAGCAGCUCCACCCAGCCACCUUCACCACCUUCACCCUGAUGGACCACUUCCAUGUCUCCACUCUGAAGCACCUCUACCUUUCUGACAAUGGGCUAACGUCACUGCCGUCCAGGCUGGUGGCGACCAUGCCUCAGCUGGAGAAUCUGUUCCUCCAUGGAAACCCAUGGACCUGUGACUGCAACAUGAGAUGGCUCCAUGACUGGGAUAAAAGCUUACCAGGUGUCUUGAAAUGUAAAAAGGACAGGGCACUCCCUGGUGGCCAGUUGUGUCCUGUAUGCUCCUCUCCCAGGCACUUACAGAGUAAAGAGCUCCAGGCUCUGGAGAACCUGGUCUGUAGCCGCCCCAUCAUCAGCUCUCCUCACAGGACUACCCCACCUGAGGACAUUGAGAGUGAGGUAAUGACCACAGAGGAUUUCAGAGAACCAUUUGGCAACGUCUCCCUGGGCCUGUCAGACGAACAUGGGAAUGAGGUGGAUCUGGAAUGUAGCAUUGGUGUGCCUAGACAGCUUAACAAGAUCAACUGGGAACAAGUGAACCAGCUCCAGCUGGCAUCCAACAUCACGUUGUCAGUGGAUCUUGAAUGUCCUGUUGAUAGAGAAAAGUAUGAAAGACUGUGGAGGUUAAUUGCAUACUACAGCAACGUGCCAGCCCACUUACAAAGAGAGAUUAUGCUCAGUAAAGAUCCUCAUCCAACCUAUGUGUAUAGGCAGGAUUCUGAGAAGGAUGCUCAGUACUACACAGGUGUCAAGGUUAACAUCAUGGCACAGGCAGCAUGGCUGAUGCAGACAUCUGUGGACCUUCAGCUAAACAGACUUCAGUCAUCAGGCAAGAUGGUAAAGUUGAUCCUGAGCACCCACCUCUCUGAGACACUGGAGGUGGAGCUGGUGCAGAGACAGAGGAGGAUAUGGGUCAUGAUCGAGUCAACAAACACAACACAUGAAGUGUAUAGUGCUAUCCUGGGCAGCCCAAGUCAAAUGUACUGUAAAGUGCACAGUUCUGGCCAGCCAGUUAUCCACUGGAUGCUGCCAGACGGCUCCAAGUUGGAGGCACCGUAUAGCAGCCCAGACAACAGGGUGUCUGUGUCUACUGAUGGACGACUGGUCAUUAAAUCUGUCAGCCAUGCAGAUACAGGAAUUUACUACUGCAUGGCCAAGGUUCAUGGAGACCUUGCAGUCCUGCCAUUCCAGCUGACAGUGCAGGAAUCCUCUAGCCCUCCUCCAGGGGAAGACACUUCACUUACACCUAUUGAAGGUUUUGCAGGGAACCCCAUUUCUCUACCUUGCACUGCAUCUGGCUCCCCUGAUGCUGAAAUUAACUGGAUUCUACCAAGCAGCAACAUAGUUAGCUACCAAGCCAACUCCUCCAGAGCAUUUGUCUAUUCAAAUGGCACUUUGCAUAUCCCACAGACUCAGUUACUGGACAGUGGCUACUAUAAAUGCAUUGCCAUGAAUCAGCAUGGUGUGGAUACACUGGCUGCAAAAAUCACUGUUGUAAGGCGCAAAGGAUUGAUAAGGCCUUUGAGGAAGUUCCCAGCACGACCUCAGUCAGCUUCAGGGGUCAACACUAAGAUUAAAGUCCCAACAGAGGAUGCAGAGGAGGCAUCAGGGGACAUUGAGAUUACUGGGGACGGUGCUCCAAGGGGCCGCCUAGAUGCUUUGAGAAGGAGAGUUCCAGGAGGUGUGGCUCCAGGCAGGAGGGGUGUACAUCCAUCGAGGCAGAGACCACCAGAUAAUAAGAAUAUUGUUGAAAACAGGAGGAGGAUUAAUGUGUCAAAAAGUAAAAUAGACCCAGAGAAGUGGGCAGACAUUUUGGCUAAAAUUAGGGACAAAAAUGCUCAGAAUACUCUAAAAAUAGACCUAUUAGAAAUUACAACAGCCAAUUUCAAUACCGCUGUUCCAUUCACCAACAGCCAAGCAGCGUCAUCAGGCAGACUGAGUCAUAAAGAAAGCACAGUCUCCAGGCACGACGACGAAGCAGCCACCAAACCCUCCUCACUACCAGCUUCUCCCCCGGAAACAAAGGACAGCCUUCAACCUCUGGCCAAACCACUAUUAAAAAGCACAUCAGUGGCACCAUCAUUUCCAACAGCCUCUCCAGAAGCAGGUCACAGAAAGACAAGUUCUCAAACAGCUUUGGGAAUCUCAGAGAGCGUGUCUACUUUAGAGAAUUUGGAUGUGCUCACAUCAGCCGGUCAGCAAAAGUUUACAGGCAGACCUCUUCUACCUGUGAAACCCUCAGAGGUGAUGCAAAGGGAAGACAUGGCAGAAGAGCUUGAACCUGUGCCACGGUCUGAUAGUUCCUCUGGGGGUUUUCACACUGCAACUCAAGUACAAACAAACUUAAAGGAAAAUCAAUCGGGCUAUCAGUACACACCCACCAAAGACCCUGAAGAGAUCGGAAAGCAUUUUUCACUGCUGCCAUUUCAAUCCACCCCACUGGAUUCCUUGGUCACACAUAAUAUCAUGGCAACUUCUGACACAUAUAGUCCAAGUAGCUCUAUCACAACACCAAGCAUGCUUUUUGAGGGUGUUCUGAAGACUGUACAGGUAACCACAAUAACACCUACAGUACCUGAGAGAUCGUAUCAUAGUUCUAGUCAAAAUAAGACCACAAGCAGUGAGUCAGGGAAAGAUCAGCAUCUUAAGGAAACUGGAGAGAUGCUGACUAGUAAUGUGGAUGCUCCUAUCAUAAGUGCGAUCAUGACAAUACCUCCCUCUGCAACUUCAUCAAGUCCUGAUCCUUUAAUCCUAUCUAGUGACGGGCCACAUGUCACACUGCCUAAAACAUCUGACAGAGGUGCUGAAACAGGCCAUUCUCUGCUGACCAACACCCAGGAAGCUCCAGGGAUCAACAGCCUCCCAGAAGACCACACUGGAGACCAACAAAUCCAACCCAUCACCACAUCAGAGCCUAAGACAACAUCACAUUCACAUCCUGCAACCCAAUCACCUGACCACAAACUGGCUCUAUUUAUUAGUACAAAUCCAACUUCCCCAGCUCUAAAACUGAUCAAUGGGAAGACAAUUAAGCAUACAACUACCCAAACCCCAACAAUUACUGCAAUCCAGCCUGAAUUAUCCAGAGAGGGAUUACUAACAAGCACUCAAGAUGUGCCCAGACAGCCCCAGCUACCUGGACAAGGACCUAUUCCAAGAGGGAAGCCAAGGAUAACCAAUAGCAAUUUCCAGACUUUUACUGUGAAAGCUGAAACAGAUGCUCAGCUUCCAUGUGAGGCUGUAGGCGAGCCAAUGCCCUUCCUGUCAUGGACUAAAGUCGCUAGUGGGGCAAGUAUUGCUCAGAACACCAAGGUCCAGAGGUUUGAGGUCCAUCUGAAUGGUACAUUAAUCAUCAGGAACACACAGCCCAUGGACGGGGGCCAGUACCUGUGCAUGGUCCAGAACCAGUACGGUACAGACAAAAUGGUGGCCAACCUUGUGGUCCUGUCUCAACAUCCUCGGGUUAUUCAUCCUCGGCACAGAGACAUUACUGUGCAUCUAGGUGACAACAUUGAAUUGGAGUGUAAAGUGGAGGGGCACCCUACCCCCCGAGUCACAUGGGUGCUCCCUAACCAUGUCCACAUGGCUGCUGCUCCAUUAGGUAUUGCUUCCCAGCAGCAUGUGGCUGUCCUGAGUAAUGGAACCCUCCGGAUCAGCCAGACAAGUUACACAGACAGAGGAAUUUAUAAGUGCAUUGGUAGCAGUGCAGCCGGAGCAGACACAGUAUCAGUCCGCCUUUAUGUCUCAGCAUUACCACCUGUGAUUCAACAGACACAAUAUGAGAACAAAACACUCACAGAAGGAAGCACUGUCUAUAUUCACUGUACUGCAACAGGCACUCCCCAACCUGUCAUACAGUGGCUCACACCUGGUGGCGUUCAGCUCACUGCUUCACAGUUUGUAACUGGACGCAAUCUUGUCGUAUUCCCCAAUGGGACCCUCUACAUUCGUGGACUGGGCCCUGGUAAUGCUGGAAGAUAUGAGUGCACAGCCAGUAAUGCAGUGGCAUCCAGCAGAAGAGCAGUGAUCUUGAGUAUAAGAAGGAAUCCAUUCUCUGCCAAGGCCAGCAUCUCCUUAUCAUCUCCCCAGAGAACAGAUGUGAUCUAUGGGGAGAAGCUGCUGCUCAACUGUGUGGCAACUGGUCAGCCAGAGCCCCGAAUCACCUGGAGGACACCCUCGAAGAAGCUAGUAGAUGCUCAGUACAGUUUCGACCCCAGGAUCAAGGUGUUUUCCAAUGGCACCAUAACUGUCCAUUCUGUGACUGACAAGGACAGUGGUGACUACCUGUGUGUGGCACGUAACAAGAUGGGUGAUGACUACGUUCUACUGCGGGUCAAUGUACUGACCAGGCCAGCCAAGAUCGAGCAAAAGCAGCAGCGAUCCAGUCAGGAGGUGGUGUAUGGUGGAGACCUCAAGGUGGACUGUGUGGCAUCUGGGCUCCCCAACCCUGAGAUCAGCUGGGCACUGCCGGAUGGCACCAUGGUCAACCCAGUCAAACAGAGGGAUAUUGUCGGUGUAGUGCGCAGUCGCAGGUAUGUAGUAUUUGACAACGGGACGCUGUACUUCAAUGAUGUUGACAUGCGAGAGGAGGGGGACUACACCUGCUAUGCCGAAAACCAGUUAGGCAAAGAUGAGAUGAAGAUCAAAGUCAAGAUCAAGGUUUCAACUGCUCUGCCAAAAAUCCAGGAUAAAGACCAAAACAGCAUCAAGGUUUUCUACGGUGAGACAGUGUCACUGAGAUGUAACGCCAAAGGGGACCCAAUGCCAGUCAUAACAUGGAUAUCCCCAACAAAUAGAGUAAUCUCCCCUACCUUAGACAAAUACCUGGUUCUAAAUGAUGGAACAUUGGUGGUUCAGAAAGCGCAACGUUUUGAUGGAGGUAACUACACCUGCACAGCUAGAAACAGUGCAGGACAAGACCAUAAAGUCACCAUGCUGGAGGUUAUGGUAACACCUCCAAUGAUCAAUGGCUUGAGAGGCACUGAAAAUGUCAUUAGGGUGGCCGCAAUCCAGGAUCAGCAGAAGUUGGUGGAUUGUGUGGCAAAGGGAACUCCUACCCCUCGCAUCAUGUGGGUCCUAGGAAAUAUUAUCCUCCCUGCACCGUACCUCAGCAAAAGAAUGUCAGUUCACCAGAAUGGUACCUUGGAAAUUCGGUCACCUAAGAAGGCAGACUCAGGGCAGCUGGCUUGUAUCGCUCGUAAUGAAGGAGGGGAGGUCAGGCUGGUGGUUAACUUGGAUGUAAAGGAGCUUGUUGAGAGGCCACAAAUUAGAGGCCCCAAAACAGAUAGCCUAUCACUGACUGUUGGGAAUGCCAUGACUUUGAACUGCUCCUUUGAGGGAACAAUGUUACCAUACGUCACUUGGAUUCUACCCAAUGGUACACCUUUGCUGAGUGGUGCUCGCUCCUCUAAGUUUUUCCACCGGCCAGAUGGCUCUUUGAUCAUCAGUAACCCAUCUGUUGCUGAAGCUGGUAUGUACCGCUGCCUUGGACGUAAUUCUGUAGGACUUGUGGAGCGUAUCAUCACUUUGUCUCCAGGGAGAAAGCCGGAGAUUAACAACAAAUACAACAGCCCUGUCAGCAUCAUGAAUGGGGAGAGUCUUUUGCUUCACUGUUUAGCCAGUGGCGAACCCCUCAGACUAACAUGGACAUUACCCAGUGGGGUCGUCCUCAACAGGCCACAGAGAGCUGGACGAUACACUGUACUGUCCAAUGGAACACUUGCUAUCCAGCAAGUAUCAGUUUAUGACCGGGGGUCCUAUGUUUGCCGAGCUGCAAAUGAGUAUGGCAGCUCUAUGCUUUCCAUGUCAGUAAUUGUGAUUGCGUACCCGCCUCGUAUUACCACUGGCCCUCCUGCUGUAACUUAUGCCAAGCGUGGAGUCGCUGUUCAGUUGAACUGCAUAGCAACUGGGAUCCCUAGAGCAGAGGUAGCAUGGGAAACACCUGAUAAAAACCGCUUGGCUGUCAGCACUGCACAGCCACGUGUUUUUGGAAACAAGUACCUCCAUCCACAAGGCUCCCUCAUUAUCCAGAACCCUACAAAAAGAGACGCUGGCAUCUACCGAUGCACAGCCAGGAAUGCAAUUGGCAUUGACUCUAAAGCUACACUUCUCAAUGUCUUCUGA